UCACAGAUUUCAAACAAGACAGAUCACAGAUUUCAAACAAGACAAACGGAACCUGCCAUUUCUCCUACCACCAUGUUCUUACACUUCUUAUUUGACAUCUUUGGUUUUAAAAGCUGGAUCAUUUUAUUUUUUGUAUUUCUGCUCAUUGCUGAUAUUAUCAAAAAUAAGAAUCCUUCCAAUUACCCCCCAGGACCCUGGCCUUUGCCAUUCCUGGGAACUGUCUUCACUAAGAUGGAUUUUAAGAACAUGCACAAGUUGGCUGAUGUCUACGGGAAGGUGUUCAGCCUAAGAGUGGGCAGUGAUAAAAUGAUAAUCGUGUCUGGAUAUAAAAUGGUAAAGGAAGCCCUCAUUACUCAGUUUGAUAGUUUCGUUGACCGUCCAAAUGUCCCACUGUUUCAUAAAAUUUUUAAGGGACUUGGUUUAACGAUGAGUAAUGGAUACCCGUGGCGAACGCAUAGGAAGUUUGCUGGCAUCCAAUUGCGGACUUUCGGAGAGGGGAAGAAAGUCCUUGAGCUCAACAUCCAGCAAGAGUGUGUCUACCUUUGUGAUGCUUUUAAGGCAGAAAAAGGACCUUUCAACCCUAUGGCCACUUUAAACAGUGCUGUCUCAAAUACAGUUGCCUGUUUGACAUUUGGACAACGCUUUGACUAUCAUGAUGAAAGUUACCAAAGAAUUCUGCGUCUUGACAAUGAAUGUGUUCAGAUUGCAGGCACUUUUAGAGCACAGCUGUAUAAUGUGUGUCCUUGGCUCUUGGAAUAUUUACCCGGCCCCCACCAGACCAUGUUUUCCAACUAUAAGAAGAUCACAGACUUCCUGAGAGGAGAGAUCAUCAAACACAAAGAGGCCUGGGACCCUUCAAACCCACGUGACUUUAUAGACAACUACCUGGUCGAGAUGGAAAGGAAAAAGAGUGAUCCUGAGGCUGGUUUUAACAUAGAAGCGUUAGUGAUAUCAUGCCUAGACAUGAUUGAGGCCGGGACAGAGACCUCUGCUACUACAUUACGCUGGGGUCUACUUUUUAUGAUCAAAUUUCCAGAAAUACAGGAAAAGGUCCAGGCAGAUAUCGACAGGGAGAUUGGACAGUCCCGUCAACCUUGCUUAGCUGACAGAGUCAAUAUGCCAUACACUGAUGCUGUCAUCCAUGAGAUUCAAAGAUUCGGGGAUGUUGUUCCACUGGGAUUCCCUAAACAGGUUGCUAAAGACACAACAAUAGGGGGAUACUUCGUUCCUAAGGGCACCUCUAUGACAACAAACAUGUCUUCAGUCCUGCAUGAUCCCAAUGAAUGGGAAACCCCAGACACCUUUAACCCAGGACACUUCCUGGAUGAAAAUGGCCAGUUUCGGAAGAGAGAUGCCUUCCUACCGUUUUCAGCAGGUAAGAGAGCGUGUUUGGGAGAGCAUCUGGCUCGUAAUGUGCUCUUCCUGUUCUUCACCUCCCUGCUGCAGCAAUUCACCAUCUCCAAAUGUCCAGGAGAGGAACCCAGUUUGGAGGGCAAGAUCUGGUUCACAUAUGCUCCUGCUCCCUUCCGCAUUUGUGUGUCCUCACGUUAGAACAAAACAAAAUCAUUAAAAUCAGACAUAAAGCACGUUUUCUGAUAUGCUUUUCUGGCUGAACAUCAACCGUAACUAUAGUUUAUGUUACCAUAAUCUUCAAUUUUUUCAAAAUGCAAUAUCAUUAUAAUCUUCAUCAUUACAAAAGCUAUAAUUCCUGUAGGGCAAACAGUAGAGCAUGGUACAAGCAAUGCCAUGGUCAUGGGUUUAAUUCCCAGGGAAUGUAUGAACUGAAAAAGUGUGAAGCCAUCUUUAGAAUUUUGUGUUUGAACUUCCGCUUUUGUGGUAGGUCUGUAUUUUUCCAUGGCAUCGCUGUCGAAGUAAAUUGUAGAGUUGACGGAUGUUAUCAUCAGCAUUGUGAUGUUUGAAGUGGAUGCAUAACAAAUCUCGGUAGACAGGAAGAUUUUAAAACGAUUGGUUCAUUCUUAAAUCUGAAAGAUCAUCCCCUUUAUGCUGUGGAAAUACAAACUGGAAGACAGAACACAACGAGUGCUGCAUUGAAAAGGGGCAGGGCUACAUUAAUCGCUUUAGAUAAAGAGAAUCUGCCAAAUACAUACAUGUCAACUUGUUUUUUUUUCUAUAUAUAAAUGUUCAUGUAUCCAUUUGUGUCGGAAUGCACUUCGUACGGGUAAAUGAUUUACUGAAGUGCUAUUUGUCAAUAGCACUAAUAAAUAAAUAAUAAAAUAAUAAAUUACACCCGA